AUGGAGAUCGAUUGUAACCCUUCAACAGAGUUUUAUCAAGCUGUUGCUUCAUUGGCCGUCAUUGAAAGGUUUACAACUAAAAAGAAUAAGAAUAAAGGAACAAAAUGUGAUUGGUUGGAUCCGGAUAUCUGCAACAACUAUCAAGAUUUAAAAGAUGAAUGGAUAGAACAAUAUGAAAGUUGUACAAGUAAUAUAGAUCAAUUGAUUAUGUGGUUAAUACAUCUUUGUAAAAGUAAUAUAACAACUUUUAGAGAUCAAGCAAUCAAUUUGCUCUAUGAUAAAUUAUCAGUACAAACAGUACAAGACAAUGAAAGUCCAUUUUUAAACCAUAAGGAUAUAAUCAUUGGAGUAACCAAUCUACUUGAAUUGAAAUUACCACAUGACCAACUAAUAACUAUCAUUGAUUCAUUGGACUGUCUUUUUCAACUAUUAAUAGAUCAAAAUGAUGAAUUGGCAUUUCAUAAUAAUAUUUGUAGUUUAGAUUUUGGAUGUCCCAUUCUAUGUGAAAAUGUAUUGGUUUUAUUGGAGAAAUCACAUUAUUUAUUCAAUUACCUUGAAUGGGUUUACGAUGAUGAUGGUACGUGUAUUUAUUAUACUUUGGUUGCUAAAUGUUUCAAAUCUCAUCUUGAUCAUGAUCAUGAUGUAGACAUUGACACUCAAAACCAAAGGAUCAACAAGAAAAAAGAAAGACUUUUAGAAAUUAUUAAAUCUUUUGUUUGGGAAUUUGCUGAAAAUGUCAAUUCCUACGAUUAUGACAAUGAAAGUUUAAAUGAAGCAGUGUCAUGUUGGGGUUAUAUGUACAUACAUAAAGGAGGCAAGGAUAUGGAUGGAAUCAAUCAUUUAAAAGGUUUACUUGAAAGCAAAGACAUUGAAAAGUCGAACAAAUCAACCAUUGCAUGGGCAUUUGUGGAGACGGUCAAAGACUAUAGUCAUCAGGGCUAUUUACAUCUUCCAGUGGUCAUGAGGUUUAUAGCAGAUGAAAAGGAUUCUACUUUUUUCGAUCUUUUGUAUGCUCUACCCAUUUGCAAGGAGAUGUGUCCAUACCUAGAGUCGGUAUACUUGCCAAAACUAGAAAUUGAUAAAUCUUUAAAAUUAAAAGUACUUGAACUAUCAAUUUUAAAGUAUGGUAUGGGUCAAACCACCCAAAAUCUCUUUCGUGACUGUAUUACAAAGAGAUUAUCAAAAGAAAUUGUCCAUAAGAGUCAAGUUGAAGAACUACUCUCAUUGACUGAAUUAAUGCAAGGUUGUAUUUGGGACACAGAUUUGAUAGAAUUGAUUCUUGAAAAGUAUAAUACUUUUCCUCUUAUAAAACAAGAAGAAAAAGAACAAAAAGAAUGGAUAGAACAAUAUGAAAGUUGUACAAGUAAUAUAGAUCAAUUGAUUCUAUGGUUAAUACAUCUUUGUAAAAGAUCAUCAGUACAAACAGUACAAGAUGAUGAUGAUGACCAAAGUUUAUUUUCAAACUGUAAAGAUAUCAUCGUUAGAUUCACUGAUCUGUUCAAAUUGAAAUUACCAACUGAGCAGCUGACAACUAUCAUUGAUUCAUUGGAUUUUCUUUUCAAAUUGGCACCAAAAGACGAUGAUAGAAUGGAUUUUCAUGAUCAUGUUUGUAGUUUAGAUUUUGGAUGUUCAAUUAUUCAUGAAAAUGUAUUGGUUUUAUUGGAGAAGUCUCAUCAUUUAUUCAAUUACCAUCAAGAAGAAGAGGAAGAUUUGAACCUUUAUUUACAAUUGGUUUCUAAAUAUUUCAAAUCAAAUGCAUCAGACACCGUUGAACGUAUCAGCAAGGUUAUAGAUAGAGUUAGUGGAAUGACAAUUGGAAGAUGUAAAGAACAACAACCGACAAUCCUUGUAAACCAAAAUGCGAUUGUUGUCUGGCCUUUGAGAUGA